CUCACUCAUUCACUUACGCACACAGAGCGCCGCGAGCACACCGAAGCCUCGUCAUUGGUCGUUGGCACCGGCACCAAUCAGAGGGCGUAGCACAACAACUGUCAACAAUGUCAACUGAGAACUCUGUCACCAUAUUGCUGUUACCGGGAAAAUGUCAACGAACCAAUGACAUGGCGGCGAAGAGACACAGUGGGGACAACAACAGAUGUAGCAUGACGAGUAGUACAACAACAGCUAUAGAAGCACAGAAUGGAGGGUUGGUAGACAAACAAUUCUUCGUGCAAGAAUAUAUCCGCAUACCGCCCCGUUGGAUGAGCACGAAGGAGCGAAGGGACAAUGGACAAAAACAAAAAAUUAAAUUGAAUAGAUCCAAAAGGAAGACAUUAUGGAACCAAAAAAAAGAAAAUACAAGAAUAUAUUGUAAAUUUUAUAUCUACGAUCACACAAAGGCCUUUCAUGCAACACCGUUGUGUCACAGACAGCCGGCGGAUAUUGACAAUGACGUCCUAUUCAUUUCAAGUCCUCAAAGCAAGAGGCGGGAAUCAGAAAUUAAAAAAAAAAAAACAUUUCCAGAACUGUAUAUGCAUGUUCCCUUCCCCUAAAGCUCGGCAGAAAAUUCGCAGCACAUCAAAAAUGCGUGUUUGUAUUGCGUCCUUCGUUGCUUACGACAAUUCCAAUUUGAUUCGAGAUUCGCUACCUGAGCAUGUCACGACUAUGUGAAAGUGGCUGUGCCUGUGCCUGUGCCUGACUGUGGUUGGCACUGAGAACAUUUUGAGUUCUUCGCCAGUGUUAUUGUUACCAGCGGUUGUUGCGAAGGAUCACAGGGAUAAUAACGAGAUACUUAA